GGUCGUUUGGCGAUGCUGGAAGUCCCGAGAUGGAAUCCGGAAUGUCCCAUGUAUUCGGCUUCUCCGACUCCCCCCUUCCCCCGCCCUCCGAUGGAUUACCCUAUUGGGGGUGGAGCUCUGGUCGUGAAUUAAUCGUCGUAAUGGCUAGAGUGACCGGGAUCAAAGCUGCAGGAGGAGUGGCGGAGCUUUUGGCGUUUUCUUCGUGUUGCAUUUCUCAGAAAGAACGCAUAUACACAAAAAUUGAACCUCUCUGUUGAAGUAACUUGGAAGAAGUAGAGAACUUGUGCAAAAUGUCCAUACCUGAAGAGGCCCGACUGCAUAUUGUUGUCGUUGGAGCAGGUCUUGGUGGCAUUGCGGCUGCGAUCUCGUGUGCGACGUCCGGACACACCGUCGAGGUGAUUGAGCAGGCAAGAGAGUUGGCCGAGGUCGGUGCAGGGCUACAGAUCACUCCGAAUGCCUCCCGUCUGCUUCGACACUGGCAGCUCCCCGACUCGAUAUGGGAGGCUGCCGCCGAGCCGACGAUGGUGACGGUGCAUCGGUACUCGGGCGAGAUCCUGGCUCACGAAGACGAGUUCGACAAGAAGAUCCAGGCCAAGUAUGGGGCGCCGUUCGUCGACCUGCACCGCGUCGAUCUGCAGCAGGCGCUCUUCGCGCGCGCCAAGGACCUCGGGGUCGUCUUCCACUUCAGCCAGCGAGUCGAGUCGGUCGAGUCCGAGACAACAACCGUCCGCACAGUGAACGGAUCACAGUACAGCGGCGACCUGAUCAUCGCGGCAGACGGGCUCUGGUCCCGGUGCCGCGAGAGUCUGCUGGGCCGCAGGGACGAGCCGCUGCCCACGGGCGACCUGGCAUAUCGCAUCGUGCUGACCGCCGACCAGGUCGCCGACCCGGAGCUCAGGGCGCUGGUCGAGAACCCGCAGGUGCAUUUCUGGGCAGGCCCAUCUGCUCACGCCGUCUCCUACUCUCUUCGGGCUGGCAAGAUGUUCAACGUCGUGCUUCUCGUCCCUGAUAACCUGCCCGCAGGGGUGUCGAGACAGGCCGGGUCGGUGGAAGAGAUGCGUCAACUUUUUGCCAAUUGGGAUCCUAUACUCAACAAGUUCCUAAGUUACGUCGACACCGUCGACAAGUGGAAGCUGAUGCACCAUGCCGAAAUGGACCGCUGGGUCAACGAGGCCUCAAAUAUGGUCUUCCUUGGCGACGCAUGCCACCCCAUGCUCCCCUACCUCGCUCAGGGCGCCAAUUCCUCUCUCGAAGACGGUGCCGUGCUAGGAUUACUCCUCGGUAAGAUGAAAGACAAGUCUCAGCUGCCUGGAAUCCUCCGUCUGUAUGAGAGUCUUCGUAAAUCAAGAGGGGAAGCUAUCGUGCGCGAAGCCUUCAAGCAGAGACACGACUUCCACAUGCCCGAUGGCGAAGAGCAGAUCAAGCGAGACCAAGUCUUCCUCUCGCAGUUGGGCAAGGAGAUCAAGGGGGCGUUUCCCAGCAGGUGGACAUGCCCCGAAGUUCAGCCGUGGCUGUACGGCUACGAUGCGGUUGCAGAGGUUGAGAAGGCCGUGGAAGAGAAUCCGGCUUUAUUUUUUAUAGAAUAAUAGUUAUUAUAACUAGCUAGAGAAGUACAGAUGAUGAAUGGUAUCAUGGAUUGUCCAGCACAGGAAGGCCCUGGAGAUCAUCGAACAGUCUUGCG